UCCGCCACAAACUAUUCCAACUAUUUGAGCUGCGAGCAGAGGGAGGGAGCGGAGGGGGUCGAGCGGCGCUCCGGGAGCUCUGCGCGCACGCACGCACACACACACACACACACACACACACACACACACACACACACACACACAGACACACGCGCGCACUGUCGCGCACAGCCAUGCUAGUGCUAGUCCGCUAGCGGAGCACAGAGAGAGCGAGCGCGGACACCCGAGAAUGGAGCGCCUCGCGGGUCACCCGGGGCUUCUCACCCAGCAGCUGAGCAGCGAAUCCGGUCGCCGCUCGUGCGCGCGCGUCUGCUGAAGCCGGAGAGGCGCCGCGGCCGAGAGGAAUGGCUGACCCUCUGCGGAGGACCAUACUGGCCAAACUCCGGGGCAAGAGAUCCAAGAAAGGGACGGCGCUCAGCGGACGCGGCGUUUCGCCUAAUGGGGACGGAGAAGGUAAAGGCAACGCUUUGCCGAAUCGGGCCGAUCCGGCUCAGCGAGCGCCGAUGUCGGUGACCCAGUUGGGUGUUGUGCCCGACACCAUGUGGGGUAACGCGAGCUCUUUCAACGGGGGGGUUGAGCACAGGGAGGACUCGGUGUCCGCCGCCGGCGAGUCUCUCCCCUGCGAGCUUGCUUUUAUGGGCUUUACCGGGGGGAGUGUUGGGGGCAGCGAAGAGCCCCUGAGCUGGGGGGCUCGGGUUAAUGAGGAGCCCCCGGGGGUCUCACUUCAAAGGCGCGCUCCUCCGAGCGGGGGGGGCGGCGGGCUGGACGCGAGCGCUCCUCGCGGGCACGAGCUGCGUUCGGUCGCCGGCUCCUCGGGGCGGCCGUGCGACCGGAGGAAACACGCCGCGGUCGUGCCGAGAAAGCUCUUCCUGGGCGACUCGAUCGGGUUCGGCACGUGCGAGACCCGCGGCUCGCGCGGCGCGGCGGCUCUGCGGACAGGUGCUCGGUGCACGCCGGUGCUCAAGGGUGAAAGUUGCCCAGAGGAGCCGAGGAACCCCGCUGCCACUGCCGGUGACAGAACAGACCCGGUCCCCUUAGGUUUCGUGGAGCCCCGUGGGGUCCGAGCCGCGGUUGCAGUGCGGGGACCGGGUCACGAACAGCAGCCCCUCCUCCGUCGGCCGGCUCCUCAGCCCUGCUGUUCGCCCGGGCGUCGUAGAGCGGAGGAAAACGUUUUGAUCCGAACCGUCGAAAGUUACGACGCUUCGCCCGAUCGCUCGGGGCCGCGCAAGGUGAACGGCUUCGCGAAGGUGACUAGUUUACAGUCGCCCAUGGUUUUUCCCACGCACUUGGAGUACCUAGUUGAGGCGAACGUGGGCGAGCGAGCGAGCAGCGAGGAGGACGAUUACUACGACAACGAAAUCCUCCCGUUUUACGAACCCGGGAGUUCGAACCCGGAUAGUAAUGAUGAUGGGACGCGAUCGCAGCGCAGCGCACAGGGGAACUGCGGUAGCGCCGUAGAAACGGACAGGCUCAGGACGCAGUUGAAGGAAGCCUACCAUCUACUCAUAAACGCCAUGCAGGAUAUCAGUUUUGACGGCCAAGUUGGGGUCAACGGGUUUUUCGACCACGACAGCACCUCCAGUCGCUCUCGGGACAGCGUGUGCUCGCGGUCGUCUGCCAGGGCCGUAGACAGUGACGCGUGGUCUUCGGGGAAGAACAGCCCCGGGCGGCUGUCCGACACGGACUCCUUGCUGCUGAGUUGCACCGGAGCGCAGGGUCCCCGUCUCGGGAACCGCCUCUUUAGCAAGAGCUCCGAGAACCUGGGCGCCGCGCGGGUAAAGGCCCUGCUGCCGAGGCCUCUGAGCGAUGGCGCCAUCAGGUACCCCGUAUGUCAGAUUCGCGGGAAAAGCCUCGAUUCUCGAAGAGCCACGGCUUGCGGCGACAGGGAGUUGAGAGGGGCGACGGCGACGGACGGCCCCGAGACCCGGGCGACGUGGGGCGGAAUAAGCGGCGACGAGCUCCAUCAAGAGAACGGCCUGCUAAACGAGAGCGGCGGUUCCGUCAACAGCCUCACCGGUUCAUCCGAUUAUGCGGAAACUCAAGGCAACAAGCACGAUUUGAAUGGGUCCCCGGGGGUCUCGGCCAAGCCCCACGGGGUGACGGUGAACAAGAUGCAGGAGUGGAUGCACAAAGGCCGCGUGCUUUCCUCGGAGAUGAAGCGGCGCAUAGCGGGCUCCUCUCCGCGCGUCCACGGCUCGUUGGGCCCGCGCUCUGCCCGUGGGCUCGCAGACAGGACAAAGUCAACUGGCCAGACGACCGGCACGCAGGAAAGCAAAAGCGCGGCUCCCUGCCAGGGCGCUCAGCAGUCAGCUCUGAUUGAAAAUGUUCACAGCCGCAGCGCGGCAUCCGCGGAGGUCAGAAGCGGCAGGGCGAACGAUUCCCGGCCCUCGCUCAACACCAUCACCGUUUCCAAGAAACGAAACUGGCUCCAGCAGAGCUCUGGGAAGGGUCACGCUGCAGAGGAUGGUCCUUCCGCGGUGGGGUCGGACGGCGGUCACGGCCAGGUGGCCGUCCCCGCAGCCCUUCCUUCGGAGUGCUUCCAGGUAAACUCCACCGUGCCCCAGGCAGCGCCUCCCAAACCGCCACGCCUACAUGUGAGCGUGUCCCGCACUGCGGGACAUGCCAGGAGCUCUCCGGCUCCCAAAGCCGUGGAUUCAGCUGAGGAGAACGACGCGGACGAUGAAGGCGAGAUCUGGUACAACCCCAUCCCUGAGGAUGAGGAGCCAGAGGUGCUCCAGGCCCCGCGGAGGAGAGCAAGCGCCGGGGAUUCGGCCGGGGCCGCGGGAGCCUCUCCCGCUGGACCGGAGGGUGCCGACGUGUGUCGAGCUGGCCCGGGGGGCGAGGCGAGCCAAGCGAUUGCCGCGCAUUCCACGGAGCCGACGCAGCUGCGCAGGCAGAUGUUCGCGUGCAAGUCGGCGGCGGAGAACCCAGCUGCGAGGAACACAGCUCCAGAUGACAUUGAAUUGUCCAGCUCUGGGUUUUCUCCUCCAUCUAGUCCGAACCCGGCAAAGAAGGGCAGCUCCAUUAACUGGUCGUUCCCAGACAAAAUCAAAUCUCCACGCACGGUGAGGAAGCUGUCUAUGAAAAUGAAGAAGCUGCCGGAGCUCAGCAGAAAGCUGAGCGUGAAAGGUACCUGCAACAGCACCCAGCCAGAGCUGCGGACUCUUUCUGCAAAGUCUGGUGUGGAAACCGUCCAGGGUCCCCCACAGCAUUCUCCUCGAGGAGGCCAAACUGCAGCCAGCAGGAAUGUCAUUUCACGCUACCACCUGGACAGCAGUGUAUCCACACAGCACAGUUACAGCAAGAAGAAAAAUGGUGGUGGCUCCAAGUCUGCCAGUAAAGGGGGCUACCUCAGCGAUGGUGACUCCCCAGAGCUGGUGGCUAAGUCAGGAAAGCAUGGCCCCGAGGGCAAGACUGGGAAAAGCAAGGAGCCUCCAGCCAACAGCAGCCCGAAGCUGCAUGGCACAGAGUUGGACAUCGACGCUUUCCGGCAUUACUGCUUUGUAGACCAGCCCAAGUUUGGGCAGUACAUUUCAGGCCUCAUGAACUUGCACUUCUAUGGGGCAGAGGAUCUGAAGCCACCACGCAUUGACUCUCGUGAUGUUUACUGUGCCAUCCAGGUGGAUUGUGUCAAUAAGGCACGCACAGCUCUGCUGACUUGCAGGACCACCUUCCUGGACAUGGACCACACCUUCAAUAUUGAGCUUGAGAAUGCUCAGCACCUGAAAUUGGUCGUUUUCAGUUGGGAGCCCACUCCUCGAAAGAACCGUGUCUGUUGUCAUGGCACUGUGGUCCUGCCCACACUCUUCAGGGUUGCGAAGACCCACCAGCUAGCUGUCAAGCUGGAGCCUCGUGGCGUCAUCUAUGUGAAGCUCAACCUGAUGGAGCAGUGGCAGAACUCUCUUGAUGGGCCUGAUGUGGAUCAGGAGCCCCAAGUGUUUGGGGUGGAGGCAUGGAAGGUGGUGGAGCGGGAGAAUGUAGGGCUCAUGGUGCCCCUGAUAAUUGAAAAGUGCAUUACUGAGAUUGAAAAGAGAGGCUGCCAGGUGGUGGGUCUCUACCGUCUCUGUGGCUCGGCGGCCGUGAAGAAGGAGCUGCGCGAGGCCUUUGAGAGGGACAGUCGGCUCGUGGAGCUCUCGGAGAACCAGUACCCAGACAUCAACGUCAUCACAGGUGUUCUCAAAGACUACUUGCGGGAGUUGCCCUACCCUCUGAUAAGCAAGCAGCUGUAUGAGGCUGUUCUGGACUUCAUGGCCAAGAGGCCUCUGCGCAUUGGCACCAAUGGGAACGAGAAUGACCCGGCGGACUCCGAGCACACCGUGAGCCUCUUGGAGAUCCUGCCAGAUGUGGAGAAGGCAACUCUACGGAAGCUGCUGGACCAUCUGAAACGGGUUGCCUCGCAUCACGAAGUGAACAAAAUGACUUGCCAGAACCUGGCCGUGUGCUUCGGGCCCGUGCUCCUCAGCCAGCGCCAGGAGGCCUCCUGCCACAGCAAUCGUGUCUUCAUUGAUUCCGAAGAGCUGGCCAGUGCCCUUCACUUCAAGAAACAUAUAGAAGUUCUUCACUACCUCCUGCAGCUAUGGCCAGUGGUGAACCCCCAAAGCCCCACCUCUGCCCCAAUGAAGGAGCCCUCAAUGGAGACUACUCCUGCCCCCCAAUACCUGCGCAGAAGGAGGGAACGUCCACAGGUGCUGAACCUAAGCGAGGCAGAGAUGGCUGGCGUACUGCGUCCCAAACCGGGUCGGUUGGACAGUCCCAGCAAUCGCUACGCUGGGGACUGGAGCCGGUGUGGAGACAACUACCUCCAGCCACCAAAACGGCCGCCCAGCGAGGAGGCAGACUACGAUGAUGUACCUUCAGAGGACAUGGAGGACACAGAGGAUCAGCAAGGGAAGCUGGACCAGGUGUUUCAAGCUGUGGAGGAGAAUGAAGUUGAAGAGGGGUUGGAGACUUGCCAAGGGGACCUCCAAAAAGACGUUUCCCCCAGUCAUAUUAUAUCCACCCAGGAACCCUUAGCCAAAGAGCACACAUACCAGGCCUACAUGAAGAUCCAGGAGAUCAGCCCGGUUCUAAGCAACAGGGUCAACCUCAAGGACCUGCAGGAGAGUAUUGACACUCUCAUUGGCAACUUGGAGAGGGAACUGAACAAGAACAAGUUAAAUGUUGGUUACUGACUUUAGAAACUAGUAAAUAAGUCAGUCAGUCAGAAGUUCCGGUGUAUGGCUCAGGGCUGACCAGGAUGUUUCUAUGGAUUGUGGAACAUCUCGCUUGUUCAUCCCUUUAGGGGUUUGUCAUCUGCCACAGGCAUUCCGCAAUACAUUCUGGUCACUAUAGAUAGUUUUUCAUCCUUCUUCUUAUUAGAAGAAUCCAUUAACCCCAAGGGGUGUAAAAGGUGCCUUAAUUGUGUAAAGGUCAAACAUGCAGAGAGAUUUUUAAAGGUAAAUUUUAAUGUAAACCGAUGCACUUAUGAAGCAGACUUCAGGAGAGUGUAAGUACACGUAGGUUAUGGACUGAGUGUUGGCGAUGGUCAGUGAGCAAGGUUUCUGCAAUCUCUUCUUCCAGGAGGCUUGAACCGCUGAUCAAGACGGGAUAACUUAAGCACCGUGCUCCUGAGAUGGGCAGCUGGCAGUUCUUAUUGCAUUCGUAUGUAAAUGAAUUGUAAUAUAUGAAAACAAUGACAAGUGAUGUGAUAAAUGUCCACUAGGUGCUAGCAUUUACUCUGCUCCUUUAAAAGCUAAAGGUACUUGUUCUCUUAUUAAAGGUUUCUCUAUAACUGUGUACCUGCAGAUAUUAUUUUCUAUUUUUCUAACUCUCUGUAUUUUUCAUAAAAUGUGAACACGGGCAGUUUUUUUAACAUUUAAAUCAAAAUAUCAGAGGAACAUGUCUGUGAAACAACUGUUCCCAUUUCACAGAAACAAAUAUUGUGGGAAAGACCUCAUUUUCUGUGAAAGAACAUUUGCUACCUAAUGAUCUGAAAACUGCUCACUCAGAUAGGGAUUAAAAAUUAUCAGUAUUUAACACAAAGGCACACACAUACAUUUUAGGGAUGUACAUUUUUAAACAAUUUCUAUAUAAAAUAUGGAAGGUCUACCAUC